AAACAAAAAUAAAUAUAAUCCUCAACGAAAUCUUUUACUGUUCUAAAUAUUUAAGAAAUACUUAAAUUUAUUUCAUUUCUUUACCUAAAAUAUAACUUUGGAAUUUUUGUACUAGAGAGACGCAGGUACUGAAAUCAGUCCCUUUUUACACACUAACUAAAAUGUAUUUAUUUUAUUUCUUUACGUAAGAAUAUAACUGUUUAAUUUUGGUACUAGAGAGACGCAGGUAUUGAAACCAACUCGUUUUUACAUCCCAUAACAAAAAAGGGUUUAUUUUACCACUUUGUUUUUCUAAAAGUCAAGAGGUUUUUGAAACAUUCCUUCCUCGAGUUGUCUUGGGUGAACAAGGUACACAGAGAUUUUCGUUAUAUUGGUUAAAGUAAAGUUUUGUGAAAUUUAGUGUUAAUUAUUGUUAAUUUAGUGUUUACGUGUGUAUAGUUAUUAGUUAUUUAAGUUUGAGAUAGUGACUUUUUAAGAGUUAUGGGGAAAACAAGAAAACCACCUUCAAAGGUGUUGUCAAAAAAACGAAAUUUUUUGAGAAAUAAAGCAGGGCACAAGUAAGUACGAAUUUUUAACUUCACUUUAAAUAUUACCCAAUUUGACACAAUUUAAAAAUAUUAGUUAUCAGAUAAAACAUGCACUUUUAAACUAUUCAAGAAUUAUUGUGACAAACAUGUUAUCUAUAUAAAUAUUUAAUUUUUUUUAUUUAUUCGUACUUGCAGAAAAAAUGUUUCCCAUAAUGUAACCACAGACCGUUCGUUAGAGGAGAUUUCUGUUGAUUUAGGUCCUAACAUCCUGGAAAGACAGUCGACAGAUAAUAUCGAAACAAUUGAAAACCCGCAAGAGUGUAUCAGCGGACGCAGAAUUUUCGAUGUAAAAUAUCUUUUUCAUCAAAUUUUAAACAAUACUGUACAUACCCCUUUUAAUUGUUCAAUAAUUAACAUGGAGUUAGUAAAGGAGAAAAGGUCUGGACUAAUAAGUGUUUUUACAUUAAAAUGUAAGAACUGUGGUAUCGAACAAGAAAUAUGUAACGAUCCAAUAUCUGACAAUACCAUUAUGGACAUAAAUAGCGCUACUGUUUUGGCUACAAUUUCUACUGGCGCUGGUUAUUCUACAUUAGAAGAAACACACUCUGUUAUGUCCAUUCCGCCAAUGUCUAAUCGCCGAUAUAACGAAGAACAUAAGAAACUUUCCUCUGUUGUAACUAAAACAGCCUGGGCAACAAUGAUUGAAGCUGGAAAAGAAGAAGCUUCUUUAGCAACACAAGUUGGUGAUGUUGACGACGACGGUAUACCGUUUAUAACAGUAAUUGCCGAUGGUGGAUGGUGCAAAAGGUCCUAUAAAACCAAUUACAAUGCUUUAUCAGGAGUGGGUUGCAUUAUCGGUGCCUCAACAGGGAAACUGUUAUAUUUAGGAAUCCGAAAUAAGUACUGUUCGGUAUGUGCAAGGGCAGAGAGUAGGAGGCAAAAUGUGGGGCAACAUACAUGUUUUAAAAACUGGAUCGGUACGUCAACAAGUAUGGAAGCCGAUAUUAUUGUGGAAGGUUUUAAAAAAAGUGUGGAGAUGCAUGGCGUAAGGUUUAACCGUUUGGUGGGUGAUGGUGACAGCAGCAUCAUGAAAAAAUUGGUGAAAGCCAGGCCAUAUGGAAACCGGCCAGUUCAUAAAAUUGAAUGCAGAAACCAUUUGCUCAGAAAUUAUUGCAAUAAAAUUCGCGAAAUAAGUAAAAGGCCACGAAGCAAUAGUACCAAUAAGCCAGUACCAAUUGCAAUUCGUCAAUCUUUGAAAGCGAAUAUUUUGCGGUUACGAAUUGCAAUUAUAAAAGCAAUGAGACAUCGAGCAUUGGAUUCUAGUGUGGACUUGACAGAAAAAGUAACAUUAUUAAAAAAGGACAUAUUAAAUAGUCCACAUCACAUUUUUGGUGACCACGAAAAAUGUGAGGCAUAUUAUUGCACAGGUCCAAAACCAAGAGAAAAAAAUUUAGUCCCUGAUAUGACCGAAUGUGGUGUUUUUCAAGACUUAAAGUCAUGUUUAUAUAGAUUAGAAUAUUUUGCCUACAGCCUCAUCCUCAACAUGACGAAUAAUUCUGCCGAAUCAUACAAUUCAGUUGUAUGUAAAUUUAUUGGUGGCAAAAGAAUUAAUUUUGGUUUGAGAAAUUCGUAUGAAAUGAGGUGUGAAGCUGCUGGCAUAUCAUACAGUAGUACCGGAAAUUAUUACGAGCUUUUACACAAUGCCUUCAAUAAAACAACUUCCACUGUUACCAAAAAAUAUAUUUCGAAGAGGAAGAAAAUAUUAAACAAACAUCGUGAUACACCGCGGAAGAAAAAGCGCCUGCCUCCUGCCUUUGCAGACGAAGAUUAUGGGGAAGAAGAACCUACGAAUCCUACAAUUACAGAUAUGCCAGAAGAAAAAUUUUCUGAUGAAUCGGAGUUUUGCAGUAAAACUGGAUUGGUUGUUGAAGAUUGUGGUUUGUUUAUAGGUAAGGACGAAGAGUAUUUUUUGGCUGCUAGUCCUGACGGUGUUGUGGGCAACGAUGCCAUAAUUAAAAUAAAGUGUCCUUAUACUGCAAGGGAUAUGACAGUGGAGGAGGCUAUAGAACAAAAAAAACUCGAUUAUGCCUCUCUCACUGAAAGAGGUGAAAUAAUUCUAAAGGAAAAUCAUAAUUAUAUGUAUCAAGUCCAGAGGCAACUUCAUUUAAGUGGACGGGACGUAUGCUACUUCAUAAUAUGGACGAAGAAAAAUUUCGCCUUUCAAAAGAUCCAAAAACAAUCAACAUUUUGGGAAAACAUGCAAAAAAAUUUAAAAACUUUUUAUUUCAAAUGUGUAUUACCUGAAUUAGUGGAUCCUAGGUUUUCCAGGCCUCCACCUCAUAAUACAAUUCGGAAUCCCGAUCGAGGAGAUUUACUUUAAAAGUGAAGAAAGAAUAAUUUGUCGCAAUUAAUUAACAAGAAGUAGAAUGAAAGUCCUAUUUAAUAUAAAAUCUUAUUUAUACAAAUAUGUAUAAAUAAGAUAGUUGAAAGAAAGGUCGUAUCUUUUAUUUAUAGAAAUAUAUGAUGUAUAUUUUUCAAAAUUUAGAAGCCACUCUGUAGCCUACGUUCUCUUUUUCAGACUUUUUAUUGAUAAACCUGCAAUUAUUGCUGCGCAAACUCCUUGAACACAUGAUAUAUUUGAGUCCUAGAUCAAAAAGUGGACUACUUAUUAAGUAGACAAAUAAAAUUAUCAAAAAUUUUGUUCCUAGACCCAAUGUGAAUACAAUAAAAUUGUACAUACUUAUAUUACAAUACAUUGUUUCUUUUCUACUUCGA